AUGGAAGAAGUGGAGCUUGUCUUCAAUAAGCUUUCAGACGGAGACAACAACCCACUUCCGAAAAUGGAGCAACCAAUGAGUUCAAGCAAGCACCGCAGUGUUUCAUUAGUCGGCCUUUUUGCUGCUGCUGAUAAAGUGGACUUUGUCUUGAUGCUUUUCGGAAGUGUCGGGGCCUGCAUACAUGGUGCUGUGCUUCCUGUGUUCUUUGUUUUGUUUGGUCGUAUGAUUGAUUCUCUGGGACAUCUGGCAAAGCAUCCUCAACAAUUGUCUUCCCGGGUUUCCCAGCACGCUUUGUACUUGGUGUAUCUUGGACUCAUUCUUUUUGCAUCAGCCUGGAUUGGUGUCGCUUUCUGGAUGCGAACCGGGGAGAGGCAGACAGCUCGUUUGCGGUUGAAGUAUCUCCAGUCAGUUCUAAAACAGGAUAUCAAUUUUUUCGACACUGAAGCCAGAGACACCAAUAUUAUUUUCCAUAUUUCAAGUGAUGCAAUUCUAGUACAAGAUGCAAUAGGUGACAAGACAGGCCAUGCUCUGCGUUACCUCUCACAGUUCAUAGUUGGGUUUGGCAUUGGGUUUACGUCGGUAUGGCAGCUUACGCUUCUGACCUUGGCUGUGGUUCCAUUGAUAGCUAUUGCAGGGGGAGCUUAUACAAUAAUCAUGUCUACCUUAUCAGAAAAGGGUGAGGCUGCUUAUGCUGAAGCCGGAAAAGUUGCUGAAGAGGUUAUUUCGCAGAUUCGUACUGUGUACUCAUUUGGGGGAGAGCACAGAGCCAUUGAAGCAUACUCAAAUUCACUUAAUAAGGCCCUCAAAUUGGGUAAAAAGGGUGGAUUUGCAAAAGGAGUUGGUGUAGGCUUUACAUAUGGACUGUUGUUUUGUGCUUGGGCAUUGCUUCUCUGGUAUGCUGGCAUACUUGUAAGGCAUCAUGACACAAAUGGAGGGAAAGCAUUCACAACAAUUAUCAAUGUCAUCUUUAGUGGAUUUGCUCUUGGUCAAGCUGCUCCAAACCUUGCUGCCAUUGCUAAAGGCCGAGCUGCUGCGGCCAAUAUCAUGAAGAUGAUUGAGACAGAUUCUAACUCCUCUAAGGUCUCAGACAAUGGAAUAGUAUUGCCAAAAGUAUCUGGGCAGAUUGACUUUUGUGAGGUUGGUUUUGCCUAUCCAUCACGACCUAAUAGGGUGUUAGAAAAUCUGAGCUUUUCUAUUGGCGCUGGCAAGACUUUUGCUGUUGUUGGUCCCAGUGGUUCUGGAAAGAGCACUAUUAUAUCCAUGAUCCAACGAUUCUACAACCCCGUUUCAGGUAAAAUACUGUUGGAUGGACAUGAUGUUGGAAUUCUCCAAUUAAAAUGGUUACGAGAACAGAUGGGAUUGGUAAGCCAAGAGCCAGCAUUGUUUGCCACCACCAUAGCUGGUAACAUUCUGUUUGGUAAAGAAGACGCGGACAUGGAUCAAAUCAUAGAAGCUGCUAAAGCUGCAAAUGCACAUUCUUUCAUUCAAGGAUUACCAGAUGGCUACUACACUCAGGCAGGAGAGGGAGGAACUCAGCUUUCAGGAGGGCAAAAGCAGAGAUCACAUCGAACUACAAUCACUGUUGCUCAUCGGCUGUCCACUAUCCGAGAUGUGGAUACAAUCAUUGUCUUGAAGAAUGGCCAGGUUGUUGAGAGUGGUAACCAUUCAGAAUUGAUAUCCAAGAAAGGGGAGUAUGAAAAUCUGGUGAGCUUGCAGGUAUUGGAACGUGUUAAAGAUUCCAAGUUAACAUCUGGCCAUUCUUCAAGAGAUUCUAGCUUUCGAGAAACCACGAACAACUAUCAGCAGGAGGCUAAGCCAAUCACAAUAAGACAGCAGAAUCCAAGCUCUGCUCCUUCUGCAUCAAUAUGGGAAUUAAUAAAACUAAAUGCCCCUGAGUGGCCCCAUGCGAUACUCGGGUCAGUUGGUGCAGUUCUGGCCGGAAUGGAAGCUCCUCUUUUUGCUCUUUUAAUAACUGAUAUAUUGACAGCGUUUUAUGCUCCCACUGGUUCUCAAAUUAAACAAGAGGUUAAAAAGGUAUCUCUCAUAUUUGUUGGAGUGGCCGUUGCUACUGUUCCAAUAUAUCUUCUGCAACACUAUUUCUAUACAUUGAUGGGGGAGCGGCUCACAACUCGUGUUCGCUUAUUAAUGUUCACAGCUAUGCUUUCCAACGAAGUUGGUUGGUUUGAUUUGGAUGAGAAUAACACUGGAGCACUGACCUCAAUUUUAGCAGCAAAUGCAACAUUAGUGCGAAGUGCUCUAGCUGACCGUCUAUCAACAAUUGUGCAGAAUCUAGCACUCACAGCGACUGCAUUUGUUAUUGCCUUCACCCUAAGUUGGCGUAUUGCAGCUGUUGUCAUUGCCUCUCUCCCACUACUUAUUGGAGCUUCCAUUGCUGAGCAACUGUUUCUAAAGGGAUUUGGAGGGGACUAUAACCGUGCCUACUCUAAAGCAACGGCUGUGGCACGUGAAGCAAUUGCCAAUAUCCGUACGGUUGCUGCAUUUGGUUGUGAAGAACGGAUAGCAAUCCAAUUCUCCUCAGAACUAAACCAGCCAAACAAGCAAGCAGUUAUAAGAGGCCACAUAUCAGGUUUCUGCUAUGGUUUGUCGCAGUUUUUUGCAUUCUGUUCCUAUGCACUUGGCCUUUGGUAUGCAUCAAUACUAAUCAAGCAUAAAGACUCAAAUUUUGGAGACAUCAUGAAGUCCUUUAUGGUCUUAAUAAUCACCGCUCUGUCAAUAGCAGAAACUCUAGCUCUCACACCAGACAUUGUGAAGGGAUCACAAGCACUUGGCUCAAUUUUCAGAAUACUAAAAAGAGAAACAGCCAUAAAUCCAAAUGCUCCCAAAUCAAAUGUUGUCGCUGAUGUCAAAGGAGAUAUAGAAUUCAGGAAUGUGAGUUUCUGGUACCCUGCAAGGCCGGAUAUCACCAUUUUCGACAAUUUGAAUUUAAGGGUCUCGGCAGGAAAGAGUCUUGCAGUUGUCGGCCCAAGCGGGUCGGGGAAGAGUAGUGUGAUUGCACUAGUAAUGAGAUUUUAUGACCCCAUUUCUGGAACAGUUGUUAUUGAUGGAUAUGAUAUCAAAAGCUUAAACUUGAAAUCGUUAAGGAAGAAGAUAAGUCUAGUUCAGCAAGAGCCAGCAUUGUUCUCUACGACAGUUUAUGAGAAUAUCAAGUAUGGGAAUGAGGAAGCAUCCGACGUUGAGGUGAUAAGGGCUGCCAAAGCAGCAAAUGCAGAUAGUUUCAUAAGUAGAAUGCCUGAAGGGUACAAAACUCAAGUUGGGGAGAAAGGAGUGCAGUUAUCAGGAGGACAGAAACAAAGGGUGGCAAUUGCUAGAGCAAUAUUGAAAGAUCCAUCGAUUCUUCUUUUAGAUGAAGCAACAAGUGCAUUGGACACAGAGUCUGAGAAGCUUGUUCAAGAGGCUCUUGAUAAGCUAAUGGAAGGCCGAACAACAAUUUUGGUCGCACACAGAUUGUCAACUAUCCGGGAUGCGAAUAGAAUUGCUCUGCUGCAAAAUGGUAGGGUGGUAGAAAUGGGAAGCCACGAGCAACUGAUUGGAAGACCCGGUAGUCUCUAUAAAGAACUAGUUAGUCUACAGCAAGAAAAGAGUGGAGGGAUUCAUUAAUUCAAAGGCAGCAUUAUUAUUAUUAUGUGGUAUACUUCCUAUAACCAAAGGUAAAGCAUAAGAAUCUUUUCGAUUACAAGCUAAGAUAAGAAUAGGCAUUUUUCGGAGGGAUGUAUUAAAUUAAUAAAGACCACUAUUGUAUAUUUUUGGCUUAUGCUGUGUGAUACAGACAUUAAUAUUAUUUGUAAAGAGAUAAUGCAAUAUUGCAAAGGUA